GGACGCGAGCGAGCGAGCAAGCGAGAAACAGCUGAUCUGGUUUUUUUUCCUUUAAAGCGAGAGAAAAUGGAAGUCGGGUAGCGGCGACUGCGGCGCUGCGGACGAGCCGGGCGGAGCGGCGCGGCGCGGCAGAGAAAGAAGAUUUUUAUCACAUGGCACCAUGAGCAUGUCAAGGGGACACAGCACUUCAGCUCAUCUUCAGCCAUCUUUCAGUAAGAUGGAAACAUCACUGGAGAGUUCUGAAAAGGACUGAGUUGAUCAUAACAUGACCAUUCUAAAAUAUUGACCCAUGAAACAAUGAAGGUCCCCCCCCACCCCAAUCUAGUUCUCAGGGGCCCAUUCACCUGCCCGCCUUCACUGAGCACCAAUGGGACAUUUUCAGCAGCGACGGUGCCCAGCCCACUUGGACUCCUGACUGCCAUUCACCUCCACAGAAUCCAGAGGUGGCAGUGACCAAAGAAGAGCCUCUCUGGACCAAAGUUCCAGUACAUGGAGGGAAGGAAGAAAGCGAUUUCUUAAUUGGUACCAUAUACAUCAGAUGGAUGGUUUCUAGCCUGCUUCCAAACCCCACCUCGGCCGAGUGCUGGGCAGCACUUCUACAUGAUCCUAUGACGCUUGAUAUGGACGCAGUCCUGUCAGACUUUGUUCGGUCCACGGGGGCAGAACCUGGUCUGGCUAGAGAUCUGCUGGAAGGUAAAAACUGGGACCUGACAGCCGCACUAAGCGACUAUGAGCAACUCCGACAAGUGCACACAGCCAACCUGCCACAUGUGUUCAACGAAGGGAGGUGUGCCAAGCAGCCCGAGCGAGAGCCGGCCCAGCCUGUGCACAAGGUGGAGAGGCCCUGCCUGCAGAGGCAGGACGACAUUGCCCAAGAAAAGCGCCUUUCCCGGGGUAUUUCCCACGCCAGUUCAGCCAUCGUCUCCCUGGCCCGGUCCCACGUGGCGAAUGAGUGCAACAAUGAACAGUUCCCCUUGGAGAUGCCAAUCUACACCUUCCAAUUGCCCGACCUGAGCGUGUACAGCGAAGACUUCCGGAGCUUCAUUGAGCGGGACUUGAUCGAGCAAGCGACCAUGGUAGCCUUGGAACAGGCAGGUCGCCUGAACUGGUGGUCCACUGUGUGCACAAGCUGUAAACGGCUUCUUCCUUUGGCCACGACAGGGGAUGGGAACUGCCUAUUACAUGCCGCCUCACUGGGGAUGUGGGGCUUUCAUGACCGGGACCUGGUUUUGCGGAAAGCUCUGUACACCAUGAUGAGGACAGGUGCUGAGCGGGAAGCCCUCAAGCGGAGGUGGAGAUGGCAGCAGACACAGCAGAACAAGGAGUCAGGGCUGGUGUACACGGAGGAGGAGUGGGAGCGAGAGUGGACGGAGCUGCUGAAGCUGGCAUCCAGCGAGCCACGGACACACUUCAGCAAGAACGGAGGCACUGGAGGGGGCGUGGACAACUCGGAGGACCCCGUGUAUGAGAGCCUGGAGGAGUUCCACGUGUUCGUCUUAGCCCAUAUCCUAAGACGUCCCAUCGUGGUCGUGGCAGACACAAUGCUGAGGGACUCCGGCGGAGAAGCAUUUGCACCCAUCCCAUUCGGAGGGAUCUACCUGCCCUUGGAGGUGCCCCCAAACAGAUGCCACUGCUCGCCUCUGGUCCUGGCCUACGAUCAAGCACACUUCUCAGCCCUCGUGUCCAUGGAGCAGAGAGACCAGCAGCGAGAACAAGCCGUGAUCCCCCUGACGGACUCAGAACACAAGCUGCUGCCCCUGCACUUCGCGGUGGACCCGGGGAAGGACUGGGAGUGGGGGAAAGACGACAACGACAACGCCCGGCUGGCGCACUUCAUCCUGUCGCUAGAAGCCAAGCUGAACCUUCUCCACACCUACAUGAACGUGACGUGGGUCCGGAUCCCCUCGGAGACCCGGGCUCCCCUGGCCCAGCCGGAGUCCCCGACGGCCUCGGCGGGGGAGGACGUGCAGUCCCUGGCUGACUCGCUGGACUCGGAUCGGGACUCGGUGUGCAGCAAUUCCAACAGCAAUAACGGCAAGAACGGGAAGGACAAGGACAAGGAGAAGCAGCGCAAGGACAAGGACAAAACCCGCGCCGACUCCGUGGCCAACAAGCUGGGCAGCUUCAGCAAGACGCUGGGCAUCAAGCUGAAGAAAAACAUGGGCGGCCUGGGCGGCCUGGUGCACGGCAAGAUGGGCCGCGCCAACUCGGCCAACGGCAAGCACGGCGAGCCCAACGAGCGCGCCAAGGAGAAGAAGAGCAAGUCGCGCAAAGGCAGCAAGGAGGAAUCGGGCGCGUCGGCGAGCACCUCGCCCUCGGAGAAGACCACGCCGUCGCCCACGGACAAGGCGGCGGGCGCGUCGCCGGCCGAGAAGGGCGGCGGGCCCCGGGGCGACGCCUGGAAAUACAGCACGGACGUGAAGCUCAGCCUCAACAUCCUGCGCGCCGCCAUGCAGGGCGAGCGCAAGUUCAUCUUCGCCGGGCUGCUGCUCACCAGCCACCGGCACCAGUUCCACGAGGAGAUGAUCGGCUACUACCUAACCAGCGCGCAAGAGCGCUUCAGCGCCGAGCAGGAGCAGCGGCGCCGCGACGCCGCCACGGCCGCCGCCGCCGCCGCCGCCGCCGUCACCACCGCCACCGUCACCACCACCACCACCCCGGUCACCUCCACCGCCAAGCGGGCGCCGCGCAAGCCCGAGGCCGAGAGCGCGCCGGGUGCGGAGCGCGCGUCGCCGGGCCCGCCGGCCGCGCCACCCACGCAGCUGGUGCUCAAACUCAAGGAGCGCCCGAGUCCCGGGGGCGCGCGGGCGGCCCGGGCGGCGGCGGCGGGGGGCGCGGCCUCCCCGGGGGGCGGCGGCGGCGGCGGCCACCGGCGGGCGGGCGCCAGCGGACCCCUCCCCGGCCGCAGCCCCCCGGCGCCCGCGCGUCAGAGCGUCAUCCACGUGCAGGCGGCGGGCGCGCGGGACGAGGCGUGCGCCCCGGCGGUGGGCGCGCUGCGGCCGUGCGCCACCUACCCGCAACAGAACCGAUCGCUGUCCUCGCAGAGCUACAGCCCCGCGCGCGCCGCCGCCCUGCGCACCGUCAACACGGUGGAGUCGCUGGCGCGCGCCGUGCCGGGCCCCCUCCCCGGCGUGACAGGGACCCCAGGGACGACCGAUCACAAGUCGCAGACCUACACCAACGGCUUCGGCGCCGCGCGCGAGGGCCUGGAGUUCGCCGACGCCGACGCGCCGGCCGCGCGCUCGAACGGUGAGUGCGGCGGCGGCGGACGCGCGGGUUCCGGGCCCGGAUCGGGCCCCGGGCCGGCGCAGCGGCGGUGCCAGCGCGAGAACUGCGCGUUCUACGGGCGCGCGGAGACCGAGCACUACUGCUCCUACUGCUACCGCGAGGAGCUGCGGCGCCGGCGCGAGGCGCGCGGGGCCCGGCCCUGAGCGCCGCCCGCCGCCAUCUCUCUCUCUCUCUCUUUACUUUUGUUUCCUUUUUCUUUUUUCUUUUCCUUCCCCCCCCCCACCCCAUUCUGUCGGUGUGUCUUUUUUACAUGUCCUGGUCAACCGAAAAGGCCGGCGCCUCCUCUUGUCAGUGCCCCGUGUACGUGUUUGGUAAACGUUCCUAAUGGUGCCUGAACCUACACUGACGCCACUCAGGUAGUAGAUGGAUAGGAAAUAAGUCAUACUGUUGGAAGUGGGUUUGCUAGCCUAGCAUCUGCCUCGUACCUGUGGAAACUCAACAGCCAUUGCAAGAGUAUUUUUGUUCCUCUAUACGAGAAAUAAAGAAAUUCGCAGCCCUUUGUUUUUAGAAGGGAGUGUUUUACAUGCUUUUAUUUUUUUUCCUCUUUUUUUUUUAUAAUUUUUCCUUUUCUUCUUCUUCAGACCUCUUCCAGAUAGCGAUCCCAUGCGUGCGUGCGUGCGUGCGUGCGUUGGGUUAGCACCCAGGGGUGGGCGAGGCACCAGUGCGCGUCCGGACGGACACCUGGACGGGGCA